AUGUGGAAAUACCGCGAUUCCAUUGAAAGCAAUACAAAAGUAAACAAUAACACCAACAACAAUAGCAACAACAACAGCAAUCGAAACCCAAAUGUUCGCAAUAAUGGCGCUAUCAGCAGUGAAAUCAAAAACAACAACGGCACUGCAAAUAGUCAGUCGAAUACACCAGCUGGAAAAAGAUCGUCUCAAUUUACCGCCGCUACUUUUUCGUCCAGCGACACAGAGUUCUGGUUGAACCAGCAACGUGAAAAGAAAUUCCAGAAAAACUCGUUUUCAUCGAAAGCCGGUAGAAGUAGCAAAAAAGGGUCUGAGUCAUCAAACGACACUGCUUACUGGGUGAAUCAGAAGCGAGACCAGAGAAAGCAGUCCAACCAGAGUUCGGUUGUGUUUGCUAACAAGAAGUCAUCACUGCCGGUUGCCAAAGGCUUCAAUGCCAACUCUUCAAAUGUUUCGAAGCAGCCGGACACUUCAACGCAAGCAGGUUCCGAAUCUUCAAGCGGUGACACCGAUUACUGGCUGCACCAACUGGACCAGAAAAGAGCCACACAAAAAUCCACAAAUGCAGAGCCAGAAGUCAAAGUGUACAGCAUGUAUGGACUCCAGGGUCAAUUAGUGUCCACUUAUGGGGCCACGAUCGACCCGACAACAACGGGCUCUAGUAAGUCAUCAUCCGGGGCGACGACAACAAACACGACUGAAUUUUGGGCAACAGCGAACGAACGAACUAAAAGUAAAUUUGAAAAGGAUUCGGCAGUUCCGAUCAAUAUCUCGGACGCGGCUGAAAGUCGGACAGUUACGGCGCCAACUAGUCCUCCGCCUGCUCAGCAAAUCAAUCCAAAACAGGACAUUUUGUUUGUUGAAUACAACAAGAAAAAACUAGACGAUGAUAUACACUACGACAAGAUCCACUGGUGCGAGUCGGACAACGAUUCAACGUCCACCACGACUCCGGUCGGUAUCUCCGGACUUCAAAGCGCCGACGGGAGCAGCAGUCGGAUGCUGGAUAGCGACAGUAGGAAUAAGUCCAGGGUCAACAGCUGGGCGCCUCCGGACUUCCCGCCGCUCGCUGGUGGUUCACACGAGUAUUCAGAGGUGAAUAACAAGAAUCGACUUGGGAAGAGUUCGAAGGGAGCUCCGAUUCCAGAAAUGCGAGAGAGGGAAGAACAUUACCUGAACGUGACCGAAGUUCCAGUUGACAGAGCAAAACUGACAGCUUCAAAUGUUAAAACUCACACAGUCCAAGAUUUGCCCAUGAUCGACGAACGAGUAUCCGAGCUCCACUACAACGCCACCUCUCAAGCGAGUCCAAGCCCAAAACCAUCCAGCGAACCUCGCGAAAACAGUUACGAAAUGGGCCCUAGUGAUCCAGGAGCGACUGUGACGAUAAGCUUCGCCGACGAGAAAAGUACCAACGUUCCGAGCGAAUUAACGACAGGAAAUGAUUAUGUAACAUGUGUUCCAGAACAGCCCUCGGGUUCAAGUCAAGAAGCGUCGUAUUAUUCGGCUAAGAGCACAGAAUACUUAAAUCGGACGGAUGCACGUGACUUGAUCAGCCAACCACAGGGAACUGUGGAGAUUCUAACUGCAUCUAGUACCACUGAAGGAGCGAUCAUUCUGGACUACGCCGCUAGAUACGAGAUGCACGAAAUAGACACUCCGACGCACAACGACGACGAAGAGAGAAGUCGGAGAUUCAACGAACACGUGUUGGAUGUUGACCACUCGCCUACUUUAGACGGCGAGGAACAAUUCAGAGAGUCCGUUUACAAAGCAGCUUACUUGCCGACAUCUUCAAUCUACCGGAAUUUGAACACAAUUUACGAGCACUCUGUCGAGACAACAGACCCCCCGACUACUAUAGCCGCCCACUCGAUGCGACUAAAAGCCUCGAAGGGGGAGGGGCUUCGGUCCGAUGAGUCCCAACUUCAAAGCAACCGUAGUUACACCCCCUUCGAGCCCCAGAUCCAGUCUUACGCCAUCCCCCCCUCGCAAAGGGGUGUAACUACGGUUGCUUUGAAGUUGGGACUCAUCGGACCGAAGCCCCUCCCCCUUCGAGGCUUUUAG